AUGAGCGUAAGACAGUCUUCGAUAGAUUCACUCAGUUGUAAACACGAUUUCUACUCUGAAUUUCUUGGAGAUAUACAUGCAUCGGAAGAAACGACAGUCGCUCAUGUAUUUGUUACGCUUGGAGCAUCGGGAGACUUAGCCAAAAAGAAAAUCUAUCCCACAUUAUGGUGGCUCUACAGAGAUGGGUUGCUUCCACCCAAAACUCAUUUCAUUGGCUAUGCACGCAGUAAACUGCAAAUGGCUGACAUCCGUGAAAAAGCAUUGCCUUUCAUGAAGGUGAAAAAUGGGGAAGAAGAAAAGCUUGAGGCAUUCUUUAAGGUCAAUCAGUACAUAUCUGGUGACUACAACUCCCAGGCAGACUUUCAGAAGUUGAACCAACUGAUUGCAAAGAUAGGAUCAUGUAAUCGCAUCUUCUAUUUGGCUCUCCCACCUAAUAUAUUUGAGCCAGCAACAACUCAGAUCAAAAAUGUUUGCAUGUCUCAGAAUGAUCAGUGGACUCGAGUGAUUAUUGAGAAACCAUUUGGGAGAGACUUGGAAACUUAUUUGGCCCUGAGGGAUCACAUUAGUACUCUGUUCACCGAAGAACAGAUUUAUAGAAUUGAUCACUACCUUGGCAAAGAGAUGGUGCAGAACUUCAUGGUGCUGAGAUUUGGAAAUUCAAUCUUUAAUCCAAUUUGGAACCGCAACAGCAUUGCCAGUAUAGUCAUCAGCUUCAAAGAACCAAUAGGAACUCAGGGUAGAGGGGGGUAUUUUGACCAAUCAGGAAUCAUCAGAGAUGUUAUGCAAAACCACUUGCUUCAGUUGCUGUCCAUUGUGGCUAUGGAAAAGCCUCCAAGCACAAAUGCUGAAGAUAUCCGAAAUGAAAAGGUACGAGUCUUGAAGUGUGUUCCCCCUGUGAAUAUAAAAAAUGUUGUCCUGGGUCAAUACACUGGGAAACCAGGAGCUGAUGGUGAAGCUGCUCUAGGGUAUCUAGAUGACCCCACAGUGCCUAAAGAUUCUGUCACGCCUACGUUUGCUGCUGCUGUGCUGUUUGUCAAGAACGAACGUUGGGAUGGUGUGCCUUUCAUUCUCAGAUGUGGAAAAGCUCUCAAUGAGCGAAAAGCUGAAAUACGCAUCCAAUUCCGUGAUGUGCCUGGAGAUAUUUUUCAGCCUGGAUUGGUCAAGCGAAAUGAAUUGGUGUUCCGUGUCCAGCCAAAGGAAGCUGUAUACAUGAAAGUAAUGACCAAAGUUCCUGGUAUGGCAUUUAACUGUGAAGAAACAGAACUGGAUCUAACCUUUGAAAAACGCUAUGAGCAUGCCAAAUUUCCUGAUGCCUAUGAACGUCUUAUUCUGGACGUUUUCACUGGUUCUCAAAUGAACUUUGUUCGUUCCGAUGAAUUGUAUGAAGCUUGGAGAAUCUUCACUCCUCUCCUGAAGUCAAUUGACAAUGAACGCCCUACUAUUGUGCCCUAUGAAUUUGGCAGGUAA